CGUUUUCUUGCUUUAAACAUAAAACGUCUCAUAACUGACUUCGUUAUCUUUCAAGGUUUCUCACGUUAUGAUAUUGAACUCAUUUGGAAACAGUCAGGUAUAACAUUACCUUUUGAAGAAAUUUGGGAAGCAUAUAAGUCUCUCAUCUCUCCUCGUUCAUACCUUGAGAUUCAUAUCAUGACUAAUACCAUUAAAGUUAAAAAUAUUCCAUGGGAACGACCAACAUUGUUUUAA